AUGGCAGGACCUCCACCUCCUCCGCCACCACCACCGCCAGCAGCGGGGCCCAUGGGCGGGCCAGCGGCAAAACCGGCCCCCUCGGUAAUGAUGAAUAGGGAUGCGUUGCUCGGUGAUAUAAGGAAGGGUAGAUCGUUGAAGAAGGCAGAGACGAACGAUAGAAGUGCACCGCAAUUGGGUGCGGGAGGCAGUACUUCAUCCAGUGCGCCUCCCUUGUCAUCUUCUUCUUCUGCAACAGCAACUUCAGCACCACCGGUGCCCACGAUGGUGGGAGGGGCACCACAGUUGGGUGACAUUCUAGCUGGUGGGAUCCCCAAGUUGAAACAUGUAGGGAAGACUGGCUCUUCACCACAGAAAGUGGGGGGCGAUCAAACUCAGACACCACACCCGGCUAUCCCUGCGGGAAGACCGAAAAUGCCCACCGGGAGACCUUCUAAUAAGUCCCACCAUAAGAAAACCUCGUCAACUAGUACGAUCUCAGCACCACAGAUCCCAGGCGGUGCUCCGCCAAUUCCUACUGGGGCUCCACCGAUUCCUACUGGGGCUCCACCAAUCCCGGCAAGCGCCCCACCUCUACCUACAAAUACAACACGGGCACCACCGGCUGGACUCCCAUUCUUACAAGAGAUAAAUGCAAGAGGUGCCAAAUCAAAACAAAAUCAAGAGCCACUUGCCACCUCGGCACCUCCAAUUCCACAGAUGUCUGCUCCUCCAGUACCUGGUACUGCAGCACCUCCUCCACCACCCCCAGCGCCUGCGGCGCCUUCUAUACCUAGUGUCUCGGCACCGGCACCACCCACUCAGCGCCUUCUUUCCCAGCUUCAUCGGCUCCUCCUCCUCCACCUUUACCGGCACCUUCUUUCCCUACGCUUCAUCGGCACCUCCUCCUCCUCCACCGGCACCCUCUCUUCCUGCCGCAUCGGCACCCCUCCACCUCCACCGGCUCCACUUAUGGGAGUACCAAGUGCACCACCCGUUGCCUCUUCAAAAUCUUCAUCCUCUAAUGCUCAACAGACAAGUCCGCCGGUAAGUGGUGGGCCACUACCUUUCCUAGCGGAAAUCCAAAGGAAGAGAGACGACAGAUUCGUAGUGAGCAAUGAUUCCAGCUAUACUACUGCGAAGGAACAGGACGCUUCAACCACACCGUCACAACCGCAGGAACACUCGGCGCCAGCACGCCCACCUUCAAGUGGUAUGUCGUUCAUGGGCGAGAUCGAAUCGAAAAUGAAAUUGCGCCAUGCCUCGGGGGCACCAACACCACCUUCAGCACCUCUGCCUCCAUCGGCACCGGCACCACCGGCACCAGGGCUGCCUACCACUUCCAGCCCAUCGACACCAGCCUCACUGGCUCCACCAAUACCCAGCACAGCAGCUCCAAGCGUACCCGCCGUUCCAACAAUGGCCCCUCCCAUACCCGCAUCUGCACCUCCAUCUGCAACGGAACAACCCAAAUCUAGCGCAUCAGCAACAUCCUCAUCGUUCUUGAGUGAAAUACAGUCCGCUGUAAGUCACCACCAUCCAUAUGAUUCUAUUGCAGACCGCUCGACACCUCCAAGUGCACCAGCACCACCCUCCAUGGCACCUCCCACUCCAAGUGCGCCGGCACCACCAGCUCCAAGUGCACCAGCGCCUCCUUCAGCACCACCAGCUCCAAGUGCGCCGGCACCUCCUUCAGCACCAGCUCCUCCGCCAAUGUCAUCUAUGGGUGUACCACCACCACCACCGCCUGCCCCCGCUCAAACUUCUGCUGCUGACACAUCGUCACGGGCAUCUCCUCCAACCACACAUGGCUCCCACGACGAGACUAAAGGUAACAACUUGAAGCAAAGACUUUUCGCUUCUGCCACGCCAACGACAACAAAGAUCAAGCCAGAUGCGUAUACAUUGAAUGGCUCAUCGCUGACAGCAAAUGGGAGCAGCGGAUCAUCUCAUGGUAACGCUGGCUCCGGUGGGAAAAAGAUCAUGAUUGAUGACUCAAGGUACAAUUGGGAGAUUAACGCAUCACAGAUACCAGCACCCCGGAAGUUUCAAGGAUUCAAGAAAUUGUACCCGAGUGGUGGAGGAAGCACGGUUCCAUUGGAUCUGUCUCUUUAUCAAUAA